UCACCCAGGCGGCGCCGCGGCGCCGCUCCGCGCAUGCGCCGCCGAGGGCUGGACUGUUGCUCCCUCACGGGCGGCUGCGGCGGGUCCUCGCCAUGGAGUCCUACGAUGUGAUAGCGAACCAGCCCGUCGUGAUAGACAACGGUUCGGGUGUGAUUAAAGCAGGUUUUGCGGGCGAUCAAAUACCAAAAUACUGCUUUCCUAACUAUGUGGGCAGACCAAAGCACGUUCGUGUUAUGGCUGGUGCUUUAGAAGGGGACAUUUUCAUUGGUCCAAAGGCAGAGGAGCACAGAGGUCUUCUUGCAAUCCGAUACCCAAUGGAGCAUGGCAUAGUGAAGGACUGGAAUGACAUGGAGCGCAUCUGGCAGUAUGUGUAUUCUAAAGACCAGCUCCAGACAUUCUCAGAAGAGCAUCCUGUGCUGCUGACAGAAGCACCACUAAACCCGCGCAAGAACAGAGAGCGUGCUGCUGAGGUGUUUUUUGAGACCUUCAAUGUGCCAGCACUGUUCAUCUCCAUGCAAGCUGUGCUUAGCCUAUACGCAACCGGCAGGACCACAGGAGUGGUGCUGGACUCCGGGGAUGGGGUCACCCACGCAGUUCCCAUCUAUGAAGGCUUUGCUAUGCCUCACUCCAUCAUGCGGAUUGACAUCGCUGGCCGGGAUGUCUCCCGCUUCCUGCGUCUCUAUCUCCGGAAGGAAGGCUAUGACUUCCACACAACCUCUGAGUUUGAGAUUGUCAAGACCAUCAAGGAGCGUGCCUGCUACCUGUCAAUAAACCCCCAAAAGGAUGAGACUCUGGAGACUGAGAAGGCUCAGUACUACCUGCCAGAUGGAAGCACUAUUGAGAUUGGCCCUGCCCGUUUCCGAGCCCCAGAGCUCCUGUUCCGGCCGGACCUGAUAGGGGAGGAAUGUGAAGGACUUCAUGAAGUGCUUGUUUUUGCCAUUCAAAAGUCAGACAUGGAUCUGAGGCGAACACUGUUCUCCAACAUCGUGCUGUCUGGAGGCUCCACACUUUUCAAAGGCUUUGGUGACAGGCUCUUGAGUGAAGUGAAGAAACUAGCUCCGAAGGAUGUCAAAAUAAGGAUAUCAGCUCCUCAGGAGAGAUUGUAUUCCACGUGGAUUGGUGGCUCUAUCCUGGCCUCUCUGGACACCUUUAAGAAAAUGUGGGUUUCGAAAAAGGAAUAUGAAGAAGAUGGAGCUCGUGCCAUCCACCGAAAAACCUUCUAGCCCUGGGACCUGUCCUCAGUCUCCUCCGAAGACUCACUUAAACUCGCUUUUCUGAGUCCGAGUGUCUGAGAGCUGCCUGUGUGUGUGUGUGUGCGCCAGCAUGCCCCGAUGUCACUGAGCAAAGACAACAGCAGCAGGAGGGUUGUAUUAGUACUACUAACUUUUUUUUGUUUUCUUUUUUUAAUGGUAAGGAGAAAAUACCAAUCAAAGUUUCUCCAGAAUGGCCCAUUCCUUUUUCAUUUCAGUCCCUUAUUUUCUGUUUCACAGUCACAUAUGUCAUUGUAAAAUAAAUAAGCAAAAACAAAGGGAACAGCUUAUAGAAACUACCUGGCAAGCCAGAAGGGAGCCAACCACUGCAGACUACUCAUGCAGGCUUUAGUCAGCCUGACUGCAAUGCCUGGAUUGUCUGGAAACACAUAGCUGAGGCCCCACAGCUACUUCCUUCUUCAGCAGUGUCUUCACCAUCAGUAGGUUUUUGAAAUUGUUUUUAAUAUAUUAUUAAGACAAAGCACAUUCUCAACAGUUAAGUCCAUUUGUCCCACUGUUUUGGUGCGUGAGUGUGUGUAUGAGUGUGUAACUUCUUAGCCUGAUGUGGGGUCUGCACCACAGCUGGAGAAGUUUGCGAUAGGACUUAGUUUGUAUUGCAUGGAGUAGAACAAAGCAAAUCUAAUCAGCUGUCAUUGUACUAGACGGUUAUUCUCUCGUCCCUUGUUUUAAAUACCUUUUCUCCUCUGGAAGCAAGUACCCUGGAAUGGGUGUGAAGGCACUUGUGUGUUUCCCCUCAACCUGCCAAGAUUUACAGUGCUGACUUCUUGUGUUCUUUGUAAGAGUCGAGGCUGUUUCCCUCCUUCCUGCUAUGUCAGGGCAAAGGGAGCAUGUAUUCACAGCCAGGCGUAACUCUUGUGUACUUUAUCCAUUCUGGGGCAAAAUAAUAAUUGGGAAGGUGCAUUGUAAUGUAAGAAUUGUUUUAUUUAUUGAAAUGUCUGAGCAUCUCUCAAAUACUGACUACAGCACCUGGGAA